AUGGUAACCAAUAGCGCUGCAGAGGGCAAGCACCACUUGUCAGGCUCCUUGAGCUCAGAACCUCCUGAGUUGGAGCCUCUUCAGCAGCGGGUCGCUCCGAAACCCAAGCAUAGGUCUACCUCGGCAUCAUGCAGGUACAGGACCCACUUCCCAACGUUCAACUGCAAAGAGGACUGCAGGAUCAUCACAGACACGGCAGCCCAGCUGGAGCUCAGCGGCUUCUACUGGGGCCCUCUGGGAGUGGAGGAGGCCCACCGCAUGUUAAAGGAUGCCCCAAAGGGCAGCUACCUCAUCCGCGACAGCCGGCAGAAGGAUGUCUUCUUCACGCUGUCCUAUCACGCCAAGGGCGGGCCGGUCAGUGUACGCAUCGACUACAAGCGGCAAAAAUUUUCACUUUCGGGCAACGAGCGCACUUUCCCGACUCUCUUCGACCUCUUGGAGCAUUAUACCAACUCCCCCAAGAGGACCCUAAGGGUCCCGUACAGGAAAUGGGAGCCCACGCUGCAGGAACUCUGCAGGAGACGCAUCAUGGAGCUCUGCGGCGGAGGGAAGCAGGUUUCAGAGCUGCCCCUCACCAACAUCGCCCAAGGCUUCCUGUUGGAAUUCCCUUACAAGUUAUGA